UAGUAUUCAUGGAAAGAAUGUUUAGUUAUUCUUUACUGACCCAAAAAGGAACUCCAAUUGUCUCUCUUCAAGGUGCUUGAAAAGCAUCGUCCAUUUGAUUUAUUUUUUGAAAUUUGCGCCAAUGAAUUUCUCCAACACUUUCACCCGUAGAGGACCCACAAAGUUAUCACCUUGUGGCACAAAAAUCGCCAGUAUCUAUGAUAAUCAACUAGUUAUAUAUAACAGUGUUGAGUUCAAAAACUUACAGCAAUGUAGUUUUCGGGAAACUAUUACGUCACUCAAGUGGGCUCCAAACUCUCAACUUCUACUCCUAUUACCAAAGAGUAAAACAUACAUUCUAGUAAAAGAAGCUCUAACCGAAAGAAAAGCAGUCAAGAUACAACUCUCUCCACUGGGUUGCACAGAUGCAGACUUUUGCCCAGACUCUUCACAUAUUGUGGUAACACUGGACUUUAAUUUGUCCAUAAUCUUCUUCUCCAUAACAGGACAGUGGAUGGGUAAGAUAGAAGAUAUAGAAAUGCCAAUUCUUAAACGAAACGCGUAUUCUUAUGAUGGUCGAUAUUAUGCUCUGAUUCGAAAGAAGAAUGGCAGUUACUUUGUCAGUAUUGUAUGUAUGGAAAAUGUGUCGAUAUUGUUGAGCUUUCCAGUCUCUCUUCUGGAUGUCACAGGUCUCUCUUGGUGCCCCAACGAAUAUACUAUCAUGAUUCAUUCUUCUUCGCUGUACAACCAACUUCAAGUUGUGUUGCCACAAGGAAAAGUCCUAUUCUACUAUCAGCCGUAUACAGCAGCACUUGGCAUGCGCGAAGCAUUAUGGUCUCCAACGGGAAAUCUGUUAGCCAUCGCAAGUUUCGAUCAAGUUGUGCGUAUUGUCAACACAGUUGUAUCUAAAAUGAUAGCUGAAUUUGAGCAUACGGAUAUGAUAUAUCCUCAACCGAACCAAAGUAUCUUUAUAGAAAGGCAAAUCUCAACAACGCCCAUCCAUAAUGACAAAGGAAAUAUUGGAAAACAAAAAAUUCUAAUGCAGCCAAACUCUCAUAGACUUGAUCAUCAUUUUGUUAUGGAGACCGAACCAGUAAAAUUAAAAUAUCGUCCAGCUGAUAUGACUAAACCCAAUCCAAGGCAAGGAAUUUCUCAAAUCAAAUGGAGCUUCGACGGAAAAUAUUUAGCUUCUUGCAAUGAAAAUACUCCUCAUGUCUUAUGGAUCUGGAAUAUCCUUGAAAUGGAACUUGAAGCCGUUUUCAUUUGUAAGGCAAACAUAAAGGUGAUACAUUGGAAUCCAUGUUGUACACAACUUGCUUUUGUAACAGGUUCCGAAUAUUUAUUUCUAUGGAAUUCAAAAGGUCAGUCAUUCUAUUGUCAACAACAACCUUGUAUUAAGGGAUCCUUCUUCAUAUAGAUGCUGUAAGUGUUCCAUUACCGUUCUCUGGAUUCCAAGCUCAGUCUUGUGCUUGGCCUUUGGAAGAGAAAGGACCACUUUUACUUACAGAUAAGAGUCAAUUCUGUAUUGUGAUGAAUGAAUGAAGACAUGAUUCAGCACUAACGUACAA